AAAAUGACCAACGUUCGUUACGCAACCUGGCAACCCGCUAGAGUCAGAGAGAAGGAGAGGCAGAUUGACUCCCCGCAGGGAUUCAUCAGGUUUCACACAUUGCUCUUUAGAUGGCUAACCGAGAGGACUAAGUUGGAUAACGGUUCCGUAAGCACCCUGAAGUCAUUUGGCCGGCUGCUCAGUUCAUCAACUUCGACAUAAUGGAGCAAGAGUUCGAGGAUAUUGAUUCGUUCGGGAAAUGGCAGAACCUUUACAAUGAUAUCCGCAAUCAAGCCAUCGAGUAUCCGUACAAAAUAGCUAAACUUCCAGUGAACAGGAAUUUGAAUCGCUACAGAGAUGUCAGUCCAUAUGAUCACAGUCGAGUAAAGCUUGAAAACUCAGAUAACGACUACAUUAAUGCAAGUUUAGUUGCAAUUAAACAAGCUGAGAGAGCUUACAUCCUAACUCAGGGGCCUUUGAGGAAUACGUGUGGCCAUUUCUGGCUGAUGAUCUGGGAGCAGUGUUCUAAAGCUGUUAUAAUGCUCAACAGAGUGAUAGAGAAAGGAUCUGAAAAGUGUGCGCAGUACUGGCCCACCUCGGAAGAGAUGCAGAUGUCAUUCACAGACACAGGUUUUGUUGUUCGACUGUUGUCAGAAGAGGACCAAUCCCAUUAUACAAUCAGGGUGCUAGAACUAGAGAACACAAGGAUAGGGGAAUCCAGAGAGAUCUACCACUUUCACUACACCACGUGGCCUGAUUUUGGGGUGCCAGAAUCUCCUGCCUCUUUCCUCAACUUUCUCUUCAAGGUUCGAGAGUCUGGCUCCCUGGGGCCGGAACAUGGGCCCUCAGUAGUGCACUGCAGCGCAGGGAUUGGACGCUCUGGGUCCUUUGCCUUGGUGGACACUUGCCUGGUCUUGAUGGACAGGAGUAAGAGCUCCUCCUCAGUGGACAUUCAGAAGGUGCUACUUGGUAUGAGGGAAUAUCGCAUGGGCCUGAUCCAGACCCCUGACCAACUGCGCUUCUCCUACAUGUCCAUCAUCGAUGGAGCCAAGCUCAUUCUGACCAACACUGCUGUAGAACAGAACUCACUGAAGGACCUGCUUAAAGAUGACUUGGAGCCAGAUUUGCCACCUCCAACACCUCCGCCCAGACCUCAACCCAAUGACAGCAGGCCGAACGGCCCAUGCCUGGAGCCACAGCCCACCACAAAAGACCACCUCUUAGCAGGAGAUUCACAUUGCCACAACAUGGCUGAGAACUCUGUGCAGUUGAGGAAAAGACACCGUGAAGAGAGGAUUGCUGGGACUGCACAGAUGGUCCAGCAGAUGAAACAGAAACUGACUGACUCAGAGAAGAAGCAAGAGACGUGGCAGAACUGGAGGCCCAUCCUGCUCAACGUGGGUGCCGGGGCUGCCCUGCUUGCUGGUGUAAUGUGUUGGAUGUACUUCCAGUGAAAUGCUUUGGUUCCCCUCAAGAAACUGACUCCUAUUUUGCACCGGUACCUUGGAUUAGGUACUUUAGUAGAUUUAGAUGGUAAUAUGUGCAUAACUGAGGGUAUUUAUUGAGGUCAAAAUGCAGGAGCACUAGAUCAAAUGAGUGUGUGUAUAUUUUUCUCAUAAGAUCUUAACAAAAUAAUAACAUCUCAGGAUCUUUGUGCCAGCACCAUGAUUUUUUUUUCCUCUCUUUGUCACUGAAUGUACUGUGUCAUAGAAACAUGGCUUUGAAUGGAACUUACUAAAGGUGCAGUACAUAGAAAAAAAUCCUACAGGUUUAUUUUUGCAUUUAUUUGUAACGAUCAAAUGUGUUUAUUGUCUUUAGGUACAUUUUUGCAUUUAAAAAUCACUGUUAAUGACUGUCAAUCCUACCCUAAAAAUGUAGGAAGACCCAGAGCCAAGAGGUCACUUUUGGAAUUUUUUUAAAUUUAUUUAUGACAAAAUGCAUGUUUAACCAGGUUUUUUACAGCGCCAUUUGUUCUUCCACUGUUAAUAAGCAGGGCAUCCCUAUUUAGAUUUUCCACUUUUUCUCCCUCGUGUCUAAGAUGCAUUUUCGUUGUCAUAUAUAUUAUACAAACUGCCAGGUUCCUUGCCAUUUACCGCAUGUAUUUACUUACCCACUGGUUGGGUCUGAGUUUUCCUGUUCUUUUGUUGCUGAGAAAACCAAAGCAAACCUGUCUGUUUUCAGGAAGGUAACAGCCAGGCCAGCUCAUGGAUGACAAAGCUUUGUACUCCCAGGAUGUGGAAUGUAUUUUUUUCUUCUUGAACCUUUGACAUAACUCACACCUGUGUUACUAAAUGAAAUUACUCAUGGUACCCAUGAGGUA